UGCUAAAUGCAAAGGAAUCAGACACUGCUUGGGAAACGUCAGGUAAUCUAGUUUGAUCCUAGGAAGAGGAAGGGCAGCUCCAGUUCUUCUCAUCAAGCACCUUCGCCAGCACUAAGGCUCCUUCCUAGGAGUUUAGCCUGGCUGGAUAGAUCACUCUAAAUCAAGAACUCUAUACGACGUCCUUCGUACGCUGUCUUGUGUGUUUCUGCGACAUUCCAGUUUGUGGUGGAGCUGACGACAGUCUUCGAGAUCUGCAACCACUCUUGAAGCUCCCUCACCACCACGACCUUCCUCCUUCACCCUCACCACCACGACCUUCCUCCUUCACCCUCACCACCACGACCUUCCUCCUUCACCCUCACCACCACGACCUUCCUCCUUCACCCUCACCACCACGACCUUCCUCCUUCACCCUCACCACCACGACCUUCCUCCUUCACCCUCACCACCACGACCUUCCUCCUUCACCCUCACCACCACGACCUUCCUCCUUCACCCUCUCCACCACAGUAGUUUAUGGAAGAUGCAUCGUCUGGCUGAGGCGUUGAAGAUGCAUGAACGAGGCUCAUACAAAGUGUCAGAUGAGAGACAUUAUGUGGGAGAGGAAACGCCAGGAACAGCAGAAAAUGAAGAGGGAGGAGGAAGAGUGACAGAGGCGGCGAGAGAGCAGCAGCGGCCUCAUCAAGAAGUCCAAAAAACGGACAGAACAAGCAAACAGAGGUGGUGUGUGGGAGGGGUGAGUAAGUAUGUGAUGAAGGCGGUGGAGACGUGUUGUGGGUGGUGGGGCGGUGUUGUAGCCGCCCAUCCAGCUUACACCACCCUCUUUGUCCUUCUGGCGGCAGGCUUGGCCUCCCUAGGCCUACUAAAUCUGCAACUGGAACAGCGCUCCUACCGUCUGUGGAUACCUCACAACUCCCAUUUCAAUAAGGUGAAUGAGUGGAAGAUGAAGAACUUCCCAAGCAAUUACCGCCAUCAUGUGGGAAUAUGGGAGGCCAGGGAAAACAUAUUAACGGCCCGGGCCGUGCAGAGCAUGUGGAGUCUUCACCAGCUGAUGGCCAACCUCACUUUGGAAGUCUUAGGUUCAAACAUCAGUUGGAACAAUGUCUGCACCCGCCUUCCUUCCCUCAUCAGCCAAUCCAAUCUCUCGAAACCAGAAACUUCUUCCAGAAGGAAAGCUCGUUAUCAGCAGGAAAUUCCUGCUGCCGUGCCUACUGCUAGUGAGAUGAGCAUAGAGUAUCUCAACGCUGAGAGAAACGGAAGUGAUGAGUCUCUGGAGGGUAGCAAGGUGACACCUGCAAGUGAUGAUAGCCAGUCCUCGGGGGACGGUAGUGUGUGGCCCCUGAAAAACGCCAACCAGAAGGAGAGGCAGCUUAUGAGCCGGGUGUCACGGGAAAUGUGGGAGGCAGCGAGGAAUGACUACAGCCACCUACUUCCCAGAGGGAUUUAUUGUCAUGUUUUGGAUAGCCUACCCACUCUGUGCUAUGAAAGAAGCUUGUUGGAGGUGUGGGGUUACCACCCCCAUCUCAUCAUGAACCUCACCGACGAUCAGGUAGUUAGCGACAUUAACAAGGCAUCCACAAGUAACGUCUUCGGUUAUCCGACUCGCAUGGCAGCCUUUCUUGGAGGGAUCAUCAAGGAUGCUUCCGGCCGCAUUGUUGCGGCUAGGUCAGCACUUCAUACCUGGGUCACCAAGGUUAAGACUGAUGCCACAAGCAAUAUAAUAGAUCUGGGCAAUGGGCAGACAGUGGACCAGGAAAGUAUGGCCUGGGAGAAGGCUCUCAUAGAGAAGGCACUUCACACGCACUCUUCCCAGGAUGUCACCUUACAUAUCCAUGCUGCUCACAGUUUUGGAGCAGUGAGUUCAUCAGCCAUCAAGGGCGACUUGAUGUGGGUGUUUCUUGGAUGGGCAGUGAUGGGGUGUUAUGUAGUGGUCACUCUAGGUCACUCUAUGCCUGCCCUUGUGGGUCUCCUGUGUGUUGCGAUGGCAGCUGCUGCCUCCUAUGGCCUUUGCUCAGUCUUUGGUGUGCCCUAUGGUCCUAUAACAUCGUUGCUUCCUGUGCUUCUCGUGGGUCUAGGCGUGGAUGACAUGUACGUGAUUGUAAUGGCGUGGGAAGCUGCAGGUGGGCGGGAUUCCACGAUUGUGAGGCAGGGUAGACAAACUCUGAAAAAGGCCGGGGUAGCCAUCACUCUCACCACUUUCACCGACGUGGUGGCCUUCCUGGUGGGCUCCAGCACUCAGAUUCCAGCCCUUCGAUGGUUCUGUAUCUACGCAGCGGCAAGCAUUGCUGCGGUCUACCUUCUGCAGGUAACUGUCUUUGUAGCAGCCCUCGCCCGAGAUAAGUGCUGUAAGGCCACAGUCAUCACCAUGUGCAGCAAUUCACCUCAUGGGGUACUACAGAGAAUGAUGAAUAGGUAUGCCAGAGUGGUGGUAGACCGCACCGUGGCAGUUUUGGUGGUGCUGGCAGCAACAGCACUGGUGGCAGCAGGAGUAUGGGGCUCCCUCUACCUAAAGGCCAAAUUCAACCCCCUGUUGUUUCUGCCUCCCUCUUCCUACCUAUAUCGCUGGUUUGAUGCCAUGAACCGACAAUUUCCUGAGAUGGGAGAGAGAGGAAGUAUUUACUUUACCAAUACCAGCCUACCUGAGGACCUUCCCGCCCUAAAUGCCCUGGUUGACACCCUCCUCCAAUCCCCAUAUGUAGCCACCGUGGAAGCCUGGUUCUCAGAACUCGACAUUUACAUGUACCACGACUUAAGGUAUUCGGGACGUGAGCUUACGAAGGGUUUGUUGCAAGAAGCACUCGGUGUGUUCCUUCACUCUGGCGUGGGAGCGAAAUUCAUCCCUCAUUUUGUUUUUAAUGAGCCGUUAGUGUGCUCCGCUCCUGCUCCAAACAUCUCCACGUUUAAGAUAAAUUUCGUUUAUCAGCGGAUGGAAAAGCAGUGGCAGCAGCAGGCGGCUAUGAAGGGGGUCAGACGGGCAGUAGAAGACCUUAAUGUGUCUGGCUACCAUGCUGUCUGGGCCCACGUCUACAGCCAGUGGGAAACUGAUGCUAAUCUGUCCGGUGAGCUAUGGCGUAAUCUGGGAAUAGUUGUGGGUGUGGUAGGUGUGGUGACGGUGGUAGUAGUGGGGACUGGUGUGACAGCGCUGAUGGUAGUGGGGUGCGUCAUGGCCACACUGGUGGAGGUGGCCGCCAUCAUGCACGUGUUAAACCUCGCCAUCGACACCAUCACUACCAUCGCCUUAGUACUGUCUGCGGGUCUCUGCGUUGAUUACGCUGUACAUGUAGCACAUGCCUUCCUGGAGGCUGGAGGAGACAGGCGUAAGCGAGUGCAGGCAGCGGUGACUACAAUUGGUCCUGCGGUGAUACAUGCUGGCGUCUCCACACUUAUAGCCUUCCUUGCUCUCGCUCCCUCUCACUCACAUCUCUUCAUCUCCUUCUUCAAAAUCUUUACUGGUGUGUCUGUGUUGGGUCUCUUCCACGGCCUGGUUGUGCUGCCAGCCCUGCUCUCCUUAAUAGGUCCGAACGCUAAACCUCUCCACUCCUCACCACCAUCAGCUCCACCAAUAAUAAUACUCCAAUACACACACAGUACUUGCACUCUUCACUACACGCACACCCUCCCCCAGUGCCGUCAAUGA